GACGUUGCAAGCAAUAUUGCCAAGGGACCUGUGAAUACGAUCACCCCCUCUCUUCCAUCCGGGUGUCAACAUUCUUCUUUCACCCAAUGACUGCUUUCUACAUACUACCAUCUACUUGUUGAUUUACUAUUGUACACAACUGAGUUUCAGUUAUCUCCAGGGUUAGCAUCUACCAACAUUUUUAAGACUCGCAUCAAUCUUGAGAAUGAUUGACCCCGAAGUCAACUAUGUCAAAUCAUGUGACUCCACUGUCGACACACCUGUAGGGGAUUUUGGACCUCAAGACGCUGCCAGGCUACGGGAAUGGAACAGAUCCCUUCCGCCUCCCGUCAAUUCUUGUGUGCAUACGCAGAUCUCGCGGCAAUGCCACGAGGCUCCAGACAGUACUGCCAUUGACGCCUGGGAUGGAACAAUGACCUAUGCUGAGCUGGAACGAGUUUCCUCCGCAUUCGCAGCCCAUUUGAUACAAAUUGGGGUAGGGCGGGAGAUAAUUGUCCCGCUUUGGUUUGACAAGUCUCGCUGGGUGGUGGUGGCUAUGUUGGGAGUGAUAAAAGCGGGCGGUGCAUUUGUGCUCUUGGAUGCAUCCUUGCCGUUGAAACGAAUCCAGUUCAUCGUCGGUGAGGUUAAUGCCAGUAUUAUCGUGGCGUCGACCCAGUAUACGGCCCGGGCAGCCGAAUUGGUCCCUCAAGUAGUGGUACUGAACGAUAGGCUGUUUGAUCCGACUAAGCUUUCAGGGAAUGAUGAGAGUCUCAAUUCGCUCCCUUUGGCCAGCCCCAGCAACGCAGUAUAUGUUAUGUUCACCUCGGGCUCAACAGGCCAACCAAAAGGAGUGGUCAUCGAGCAUUCAGCCUUUACCACCAACUCAAUGGCAUAUGCCAAGUCACUGGCUCUGACGAGUCACUGUCGCGUACUACAAUUUGCAUCCUAUACCUUCGAUGCCUGUAUGAUUGAAAUCAUGUCCACCCUGAUGGUUGGCGGAUGCGUCUGUAUUCCGUCGAAUGAGGAUCGGAUGAGUCGUCUAGGGGAAGUGAUCGCCGACCUGCGGGUUGACUGGCUUCUUCUCACCCCUUCAGUGGCGCGGUUACUGAAUCCUGCUGGUAUUCCUACAGUCAGGCGUCUGGUUCUCGGUGGGGAACCAUUAACUCAGUCUGAUAUUGAGAAAUGGAAGGGACAUGUGGAUCUGUUCAAUGCUUACGGGCCAACUGAGUGCGCGGCAGUGUCAACAACGCAGGCAGCGUCGACAUUGGCUGACCCGCAGUAUUUGUCCACCUGCCUCGGACAAGGGACAGCGUGCAUUACAUGGGUCACCAACCCUAACAAUCAUGAACAACUGAUGCCGAUAGGUGCUGUGGGUGAAUUACUUAUUGAAGGACCCAAUGUCGGGCGAGGCUAUUUGAACGGGAGCAAUCGAACAGCUUCUGCCUUCAUUGACCCUCCACAAUGGCGCCAAGGUUUCCUACAGGGAACCACAUCGGGUCGGUUCUAUAAAACAGGAGAUCUCGUUCAAUACGCAACAACAGAUGGAUCACUGAAAUACGUCGGCCGCAAGGACACCCAGGUUAAACUGGCCGGGCAACGCCUGGAGCUUGGCGAGGUGGAACACCAUAUUCGGAAAUACUUCCCUAGAGCGCGGCAUGUUAUGGCAGCAGUAGUGCCUCGAAAGGACGGCUCCGACUCUCAUAGGGAGAUACUAGUUGUGUUUAUUGAUCACCCUGAAGAGUCGGAUGAAAUUCUCUCUCCUCUUUCUCCUGGAAGCGCUCUAGCCAGUUUGGCUAGUCUCCAAGCCUUCCGCCAGAGAGUCCUGGAUGCAAUAUCUCAACUUCGAGAAUCCCUUCCGGAGUAUAUGGUUCCCUCAAGGUUCAUUCCGCUGUCUCGGACCCCACUGCUUCCCUCCGGAAAGGCGGACUUGCAACAGCUACGCAAGGAAGCACAGUCUCUCUCCCUCGAUCAAAUGAACCUGUACGGCAUCUCCAAUAGGGAGGCCACGUGCAGCCCCAAAAGCAUGGAGGAACAGAAACUUCAGAAGAUCUGGGCAGAAGUCUUGGAGAUUCCGGCAGACCAGAUCGGCCUACACGAUGAUUUUUUCCAGCUCGGCGGAAAUUCACUCGAUGCGAUGAGGAUGGUUGCUAGGGCCCGUAUGGAAGGAAUGCCGGGCCUGACUGUUUCGGUGGUUUUUAUGUUCCCAGCCUUGUCUGCCUUGGCGAAAAGAGCCGAUGCCAGAUUGGGAGAAAGGCGACAAGACGAGGGCUAUGCGUUGUCCGCAAAACUGGACGAGACGUCCCACUUGGAUCUCUCUUCUCUGGACACUACUACUAUUGUCAAUAAUGGAUUCAAUCCUGAGAGUAUAGUCGGAGUUUAUCCUACAACUGACUUCCAGCGCGUAUAUAUUGAACCAGGACUGAAGAGCUAUUUCCUCUGGAGAACGCGAUCCUCGGAACCAGUAGAACCAGCUCGACUAACUCGAGCUCUUCAGCUGCUGGUAAACAAGCAUAGUAUUCUGCGGACGAUAUUCCUCCCACAUCAAGAUGGGUUCGUGCAUGUUAUCCUGGACCAUGUUGAUAUCCAGCUGGCACAUCACUCCGCAGGUGAUCAGCAGCUGCUGGAUGACGUCUGCAGGGCCUUAUGCCAAGAAGACAAUGAUGCAUUAUUCCCAAUUGGACGUCCGUAUAUACAGGCCACAUUGGUGGAGUCUGGGGUCUCUGAAGAAUACGCCCUUAUUGUACGCCUGUCCCACGCUCAGUGGGAUGUCGAGACGCUUCAGCUGUUCUUCCAGCAGUUGACAGAUGCGUAUAACGGCAAGUCAGUCUCUCCGCCGACGCUAGACUUUCCAACAUACAUGCAGUACCGCUUGGCGCAGAGAACAACAGAAGCAUAUACCUUCUGGCAAAGGUACCUCCAGGACUCCACAAUCACUGAUUGGACUCGAUUGGGUACCGCGGACGGGAAUCAGAAUCGGACGCUAGUAAUCGCUUUUGGGGCAGCCUCUCUUCCUCUCGCGCAACCUCGAGGCAAGACCAUGGCGACGCUCGUCAGGGCUAGCUGGGCGUUGACUCUCGCGCGACUCACGCAAGAGACAGAUCUCAUGUUUGGCCAUACAGUCAACGGCCGCAGUCUUCCGAUCCUCGGUAUUAAUCAAACAAUGGGUUGCUGCCUCAAUACUGCGCCGAUUCGGGUGAUAAUCCAGCCAUCGUGGACAGCGCAGGAUCUGCUUGAACACGUACAUGCUCAGUACGUUCGCACAAUCGACUACGAAACUUUAGAUUUUUCUGAUAUCGUGUCUAACUGUACUUCGUGGCCUGAGCAAACCCAUUUCAGUAGUGUGGUCACACACGACCAUCUCGAUACAGUCCCGACGAUUGGUUUGGAUAAUCGGCCCGCUGAGCUGCAGCCGGUGCAUGUCCGCGUCGCGGAGGAUACUUUUCGACGCAUGACCUGGCCAGUUCAGGUUAUGACUGCUGCGCAGGGAUCAAAAGUGACUGUGACGAUUCUGGCAUCAAGUCAUAUGCUGUCUCAAAAUCGAGCCAACUGGUUGAUGGGGAAGUUGACUGAGGCGAUGGUGGAGCUGGCGAGGAUUGAUUCGAUGGAACUUCUUAACCUGGCCCCUUAUGAUGAUUUAUGAUGAUUGAGAUCUUUGAUGUACGCUUUAUCGAGUGAAAAAGAUUAUUUCAAUUAUAAACGACAGAGUCUGUGGUCGUAGUAGCUAGGCUACUUGUCGCUGUACCAGGCGGGCUGUUUCGUUGUAUCCUUCAUGCGACACAACUUCCUGGAGCUGCUGGCUUGAAGGCAGGGUCUCUAAGUGACACUAGGAGCGGCAUUUGUACAGGUUCUGUGUGCUCAUAAAUCAGUGUCCAAAGACAUUGAUUCCUCAUAGGCUUGAAGUGACUCCAGAAAGGAAUUCAAAGUGUCCACAUAAGAA